AUGCCUCCAACUGCGGCUGAAGAGGCAGAGAAGGGCGAUCGCCCAGCCGCAGCCUUUCGUACAGACGAAUUCCGCACCGGUCGUCCGCAAAUCGUUGGGCCCGAUACCCCAGAAUCCCCAUUCCCGAUCGCACUGGCUGGCCAGGUGCAAAAAGGAUUUGGUCGGGGUGGGAAAGAUCUCGGUUGUCCCACUGCGAAUUUACCUGAUGAAUCUAUCACACCCAUAAGCUCGGUUGCAAAGACGGGGGUGUAUUACGGGUAUGCACAGGAAGACAUUCAAGUCUUACCGAUGGUGAUGAGUCUGGGAUGGAACCCAUUCUAUAAAAACAAGUGUUUGACGGCGGAAAUACACGUCAUGCACGAUUUCAAAACGGACUUUUAUGGUUUCGAGAUGAGGGCGCUGGUGCUGGGAUAUAUUCGUCCUGAACUGGACUACACAUCUCGAGAGGCAUUGAUAGAGGAUAUUGAGGUUGAUAAACGGGUCGCAUUGAAUUGUCUAGAGCGGCCAAGAUACCAGGCCUAUGCCAACGAUCCUCACUUUUCAUUACGGAGUAGACUUGUAGUGUUAUAA